AUGUUAUAUAAUGAUCAAAUGAUAAUAUGGAAGUGGAAAUUUCGACGUCGAGAAUGGCGAAAGGAAUUUAGCGAUGUAAAAUGUGAUCGAAUCGAAGUAUUACUCGAUCCAUUAACUCCUCGAUCGAAAUACAGGGAAAGUCGAUCGAAUAAUGAACGCACGCUAGGCAAUGAUUCGAGUGUGGAUUUCGUCGAUCCUCUUGGUGCAACAAAGGACGAUUCUUUUGAAACUACGAUUAAGCUAAGUGAAUCGUGGAUAUCAAAAUCGAGGCAAAAACAAGAACCGAUAUUAGUGAAUACACUUGAAAAGAAAUCUGAUAAUUUAAUUGUUAUGGAUGAGGAAAUUCCCGAUUUUAUUCCUUGGUCAGUUAAAAGAAAUGAAAUUUUAAGAGAAUUUCCAGCGAAAGAAAAAUCAUCUCCACCAUCAAAGACAUUUUUCAAUAUUCCUUCAAUAACUGUUGGUGGACGUGCGGCUCAUAGAUUGGAACAGUUAGAAGAUUCUUCUGGAAGUAAACGAUUAGCUGAAUUGUCUCGGGAAGAAUAUGUCGAAAAUAUAAAUGAAUUAAAAAAAAAGCUAUUAAUUGCUUGGGAAAAUGAGAAAAAAAUUGAAUCAGUUAAGAUUAUCAUAGAACUUUCACGAAUUUUAUCAUCGACAGCGGCACCAAAUUUCUAUCCAAAUCAGUUCGUAUUGGUCACUGAUAUUCUAGAUUUGUUUGGCAAUCUUGUUUUUGAGCGACUUCGAACGAAAGCUUCGAAAGAACGGAUCGAACUCGGGCAAAGUCCUCUGCCGAAAUGUUUUACAGUCGCUGACGUCCCCGAAACAACUAAGGAAACAGCAAAAAAUUGGUUUUGCAAAGUAGGCGAUAUAAUGGAAUUGCUACCGAGAUUUUAUGUUGAAACUUCAAUAAUCGGUUGUAUACUUUUUCUUGAUGCCGACUCGCUGGCUAUUAAUCUCAUACGCUUGUCUGGAAUACCGUUGUCGAUUUCACAUCCUCUGAUUGCUUCUUAUGCUCGAGCUUAUUUAUGUCGUGUAGCAAUGCGUCUUCUUCCACUUAAUCGAGCUCCUCAUUGGAAAUGUCUAAACGACUGGAUGCAAUCUUUUGUGGUUCAACCAGCAACUUUAUUGAUUCCAGCAAUGGAGUGGAUCUUGCAAUGUGUUACUUAUAAAGCCGUAAGCUAUGACGAUCUUCGUCGCAUAUGGGAAUAUUGUAAGAUGUCUGAGAAGCGGCAGAUUAUCGUUCGAUCGUUUUUAAAUGCUGUUUCACCGAUUUAUCUUAAUGAACAUUGCCUAGAAGCUUGCAAAAUUGUAACAUCGGGUGACGAAAUUUCUGCGCAAGAACUUUGCAUUUUUGGAAAACGAUUACUGAUGAGCGAAACACCUGAAGAUGCGAGAAAAGUUAUCUUAAAGAACGUUUGGCGAAGAGUUUUGAAGUUGGCACUCAUAAGUGAAUUUGUUGACUGUACCAUUGUUUGGAUUGAAUUUACUGCUCGAUAUUUUUCAAUUAAUGAACUGGGAAUUAUGCUCGAUAUCUUAAUUAAGAAAAUCUCGACUGAGAAAGUUCGUUCAUCAUUCAAUUUCCAAUUUUCCCUUUUUUCAAUUGGAAUUCUACUGCGGAGCAAACACGAAGCCUUUAGUGAUUCACUUAUUAUUAUUGUCGAAAAAAUUGUUUUACACCAAAAAAAUGUGGCGAAUUUAUUCACGUUGGAACAAUUCUCAUCAUUAAUUAGUUUGUUUCGUAGCGAUGGCGGAAGAGCGAAAUGUUCAACUAUUAUACUUACUGCAUUUGUUAACCAUCAUCCAAUCAAAUUUUCCGAUAAUUUCCAGUUGGGUUAUCAAAUAUUGGGCCUUUGUAAAUUUCUUCACAAUUCAUUAAAUGCAACUUCUUCUGAAGAAGAGAGACAGACUGUGUCUUUUAUAAUUCAAUGUGCUCUCGAUCGUUUUGAUUUAAAUUCCGAUCCGGAAAGAGCGUUGAAUUUUCUCGUUGACUGUCGAGCCACUUUAUCAAAUAUCGACGAAUUAAUCUCGUAUUUGGUAAAUCGUGUUUGUGCGCUCGGUUUUCUCGUGGUUCAAAAUCAAGAAAGAGUACGUAACGCUGCUGAAUUGCUUCGUGCAUGUAUUGCAAACGCAUUCAUAACAACUGCUUCCUUAUCAACACCUAUGUGUAUAAAUCUUUAUGUGCAUAUUGGUCUACUCGCACUCUCCGCUAAUUCCUUACCACAAGUGGAUGCAAUAGUCAAAACUGCAAUAGAACUUCUUGCUUCAUGUCAAGAUAUUAAUCCUAUGACUUAUCGUUCGAUGGCAUCGAACUUCCUCGGAUUCUUAGUCGUUGUUCCUGAUUCUCCAGAAAAACCUCCCUUAUACAUGUUUAAUGGUUUUCUUAACGCUGUCGUCAGAUUUCCAUGGCACAAUUAUCCACUCGAACAUGCCCGUUUGUUGAUUGAUUGCAUUUAUUAUUUAUCUGCAAUCGGACAAGUCGAAUUGCCUUAUCAUAUUCGUGAAGUGCAAUCAAAUGAUUCCAUAUAUGGUAAUAAUGAGAAAUAUAACGAAGCAAUUGUGGAAAAAGUGGAGAUUAUUAUGGGACGUUACGAGGAACUAUAUAAUGAAAAUAUAUUAAAAUAUCCACUUAUUUCUAUCGAAUUGUUAGAAACUAUUUUGGUUAUCGGUAACGUUGAAAAGUUGAGUAGUCUAAUCUUGGAACUUUUUUCGAAACCCGUCGAAAAGAUGGAAUUAGUUAGACGCAAUGCUAUUUUUGAACGAAUCAAAUUGCUAUCGAAACGAAAGCCAGCCGUUGCUCAAUUGAUUAAAGAAAUUUUGACAGUUUUAAAUGUUGGAUUUAGAGAAUAUUUUCGAAAUAUUUAUAAAACGAUAGUGUGCAUAGAUUCAGUUUUGAAACUUAUUGUCGAAUGCUGUUUUUAUCAGCAAUGUGAAUAUCAUGGAUAUAUGUUGAUUCGAUUAAAGUCAAGCACAUCAUGGAUUCAAUUUCUAUACUUUAACAAGAAGAAACUUAUCAUUGAUAGAUAA